UUUGACACAUCUAUGUUAGUCUUCGAUAUGGACACGUCGGAAUCUUCACGUUACAGAGAUUUUGUAUGGGCUACUCAAUUAAACCGUCUGAGUUUAGAGUUGGUCGGUUUAUGGCCUAAAACUGAUGGGAUCGUUAAAAGAAGACUCGGUCCUGAUUUUCGUGCGGGUUUCGCUUUCAUUAUGAUAACGUUUGUUUCUGGUAUUCCUAUGAUACAUGCGCUUAUGCGAGUUUGGGGCGACAUGACGUUAAUGAUAGAGAAUUUGCGAAUUACAUUACCUACGGCGAUCAAUUUAUUAAAACUUGUUGUCAUGCGGUGGAAACAAUCAGUUCUUUUAUCGAUCCUAAACAUGAUUAAAGAAGAUUGGAUGACGUUGAAUGUAGACACAGAAAGAGAUACAAUAGUGAAACGUAUGCGGAUCGUUCGAAUGAUCGUAAUUUCUGCAUAUGUUUUGAUGACAGUCACGUUUAUUGCGAUGAUCAGUUUCUCUUUCUUCGGCCUGUCAUUCAGACAUCUAACAAAUCUCACGGAUGGAAACAAACCAUUUCUUCUGCAGGCAUAUUAUUUCUACGACACAGAUAAGAGUCCUCUAUUCGAGUUUACAUACUUUACUCAAAUCCUAGCGCUAUUUCAAAUGGUGGUAAUUUACGUAUCGGUAGAUUCUUUUUUCGGAUUCGUAAUCUGUCAUAUCUGCGGUCAAUUAGAAAACUUUAGAUGCCAAUUAGACAAUUUGGUCGCAGGCAAAGAAUUUAACAAAGCUUUGGGUGACAACGUCAUGACUCAUUUACGACUUAUCAGGUAUGUCGAUCAAAUCGAAGAUAUAUUCACAUCAAUUCUGCUAGGAUCGCUAAUAUAUUUCGCCAUUGUAUUUUGUCUAGCCGGAUUUAUGUUUGUUGUUGUUAUUAGUAACGAGAAGAUAAAUGCUGCAAGUUUUUCACGAUUAUAUUACUCGAUAGCUGCUAUAAUUAUUCUUUUUUCGCAAAUGUUUUUUUAUUGUUAUGCAGGAGAGCUACUAACAGAACAAUGUGAAGCAAAUUACCGUGCUGUAUACAAUCUUGAUUGGUACAAAUGGGAGCCAAAACAAAUGAGAAAUCUUGUUAUAUUAAUGAUACGAAUUCAAAAACCUUUUCGUAUCACUGCAGGCAAAAUUGUUCCACUGACAAUGACCACUUUUUGCAGCCUAAUAAAAACAUCGGUUGGUUAUGUAUCGUUUUUAUUGACAAUACAGAAUUAA